AUGGAUGCCAGAGUGGUCCGAUCAGAGCGAGACUGUGUUCUAGCAUGUUGCUCUGAGGAAGUUAAGCCAGGUGCUAAAUGCAACAUGGUUGUGUAUAAUGGCAACAAACAACCUGGUGAAAACAACUGCUUCUUGUUUCACUGUCCGGCCGAGCAAGACUGUCCACUGAUGAAAGCUGUCGAUGGGAUCAACACAUAUGACAUCUACAAAGGGCUGAUCCAUUUUACAACGAUGAGACCAACUUCUACUUCAACAAUCUCGACCAGCACUAAGCAUGAAAUGAAAACAACAAUGGAAAACAAGAGGGCCGAGGAGGGAAGAGGCGGGGGAAUGAGCUUCCUCGCAGCGGAAGGAGACGACGGAUCUCCCGCAGGACAAUGUGAGGCGCAGAGUUGA